AUGGCCGACACGCAGCUCUACGAGCAACUGCUGCUGGCCGUGCACGUAAGUCACUCGUCCCAGUCGUCUCCGAUUGACCGCGCCGCUGCGUACGCAUUCUGUGAGACGUUCAAGCGCCGUCCCGACUGCGCUCUGUAUGCCGUAACCCUGUACCGUAACCCGGGUACACUGGACGCCAGCGAGCGGGCCCGGCGUCAGCACUUUGCUCUGCACGUGCUCGAGCACCACGUGCUGACACAGUGGGACUCGCUGUCGCUGGACCAGCAGCUCAAGAUGCGGGGCGAGGUCGUCGACUUGCUGCUACUUCAGAACGAAGAGAUCACGGUAUCGACAAAGGACGAUCCGGGGUACGUUCGGGAGAAGAAAGUGACGCUAUUGGCUGAAAUUGCGAAACGGCAGUUUCCCCAACGCUGGCCGGGGUUACUCGACGAGCUGGUGGAAAAGUGGCAAUACGGAUCGAGGUACCAAGUGGAGCUGGUCGUGUUACUUUUGAGGUCGUUGGCGGAAGAUUGUGUCAACAGUUCAUUUAACACGUCGAUUCCGCCUACAAGACGGAAAGAGAUUUUGCAGGGACUUUAUACGGGGUUACCCGAGCUGCUGCCACGCGUGUAUCACGAGCUGGAGCAGCAGUAUACAGUGUACAAGUCACUGACAGCAACAGAGGAGCAGCAAGAGACGAGUCGGAGGCUGCUUCAUGCCGUGCUGGACUUGCUGAAGGAGUUUCUCGAGUGGAUGCCGCUGGAUCGAGCCGUGGAGCCGUCGACGAACUUUAUUCUAGUGGCGGUUUUGCUGUUGGAAGAGGUGGAGUUUCGACGGGCAGGUGCCGAGUGCUUGGAAGUGUACAUGACGCGGACAUUUGGCAAAGAAAAUCGAGCUGUGAUGUUGCAAAGCAUUGGUCAGAUUAUUGAGAAAGUGGAUACGCUGGAUUUGACGACAUUGGAGCCCGACCUCGAGGCCAAUUUGUGCUUUCAUAAGAAAGUGAACGAUGUGUUGGUUGCAUGGGGAACGUGUCAGUUGGAGGUGCUGCUGCUGCUGUCGGUAGAUGGACGAGGUGAGCCUGAAAUGGCGCUUUUGCGGGUGAUUUUGCAGAAUCUGUGCAAGUUGUUUGCUCACUCGAGUCUGAUCUUGACGGAAGCGCAGGUACUCUUGUGGCUCACAGUGCUGAAGAACAAGACGAUUUUGAAGCAAGGUGAAGUCUUUUUGGCCGACAUUCUGGAACAGCUGCGACAGGUGUCGUUUGACAAGUACUUUAAAUUGGGCUCACCAGAGCGCGCGAACCCUGGACCUCAAGCGGCUGCUUGCGAUUGCAGUAGAGAAGAGUUUGACGAUCAUGGUGAGUAUAUUGCGUUCUACGGUAACUUUCGUGGACGUCUGUACGCGUUGAUUCGCGUGUUAGUACAGCUGGAUCCAACCGUUGCACUGCGGUCGUUGCACGAUCGUUUGGCAGUUGUGCUGACACAGUAUGCCGCUGGAACAGAUCACUUGAGUGCCGAUCGUGGCUACUGCACGGAUCUCAGUACUGCUUACUUGUACCACGAAGGUAUAUCAUCAUUGAUCGAUUGCAUUGUAAAGCAACUCCCUCCAAGUGCGAUGCAGAAUCCCGUGAAUCACCAGAUCUUGCAGAUGAUUUUGCAGUCAAUUUUGUCGUUCGAUACCCCUGACCCGCUCCUUAAAUAUCGCCAGCUACUGGUGUUAGCGUCGUUUGCGAAGUAUUACGCGCUCGAUGGUAGCAUGCUUACAGCGGUAUUCGAAAAGCUUUUUGCAAAUAUUGACUUCGUGAUGUCUGGCGAGGACGUGCACGGUAUAAUGAGCAGUAGUACCGCGAAUGUUCGACGACGGGCACUGUCGUCACUUGUUACGAUUUGCCAGGCAAUCCCUGCACAGAUUUUACCUGUACUCCCAGUGCUAUGCACGAAGGCACGGGAGCUCUUUGCUGCUGGUCGAGUCACCGACACGGAAGGUGUGAUGCUGUACGAGAUGCUGGUGUUGGUCUCGAACUCGAUGGAGAACAGAGAGGAACGUGUGCAGUUCGUACAGCAGAUCGUGCAAGAUCCACUCGCACAAUGGACGUCUGCAGAAAUGACUGCUCUCGUGAGCUCCCCACAGAGCAUUGUUACCGCUAUUGAAGCGGCUGCAAACGACGAAAAGUCAAAGAAACAACUCAGAAUGAUUAUCAAGACACUUACGACAUUGUAUGGUAUAUCGAAAAGGUCAGGAGCGAUGACUUUACCGCGACCAUCUGAAGACACAGGAGCGUUUGACGGUGCGUGGCCGCAUUUACUUCCGAAUUUGCUUGCUUUUGUGCGAUCUCUUCAUGGCUUGCAAGAGCCGGCUGUAAAAGAAGCAGUGCUGAAAACCUCUACGGCUUGCUGGUUGUUGACUGUGUCUGUGGACGAAGUUGCCCAGCUGCUUGGAGGAAAAACCCAUCUAGAAGAUGAGAAAAUCAUGAAGUUGCCCGGUGCCGCUAGAUGGUCAAAGUGGCACAAGAAUGCGCGCGACAUUUCGUAUCAUUUGAUGGCCGUAGCUGUUGCUCAGAAUAGCUUCUACAAAAAUCCGCAGGUAGCUUCCGUCCUGCAGAACAGCAUGCUUAGCAAUUUAGACUUGAUGGAACACCGCCACCUGAAGGGUGCUCUGGCGUACGUGUACUUGCCUUUCCUCAAGAACUGCCCCCAAGAGCUAUACCCAUCGCUACUGGACUCCGUGCUCGCCACUUUAUUCGAUCAUUUUGCACAGCGCGCUGCACUGAUUUUCCAGCAUCCUGCAAACGGUCCGUGGAAUGUGCUGAUAGUCGGACUUGAUAGCGCGAAGCAGGAGAUUGCGCAGGAGAAGAUGGUGAUGGAGCUCACGCGUGAAUUUGUUGAUUUCAUCGAGUAUGCCAUUGAUCCUAAAACAGUCGUGGGAACCGAUACAGACAACCCGAAGCAUGUCACCAGUCUGGAAGACGCUUUCCUGCGUGACUACAUCCUAAUGCACUCGCCUUCACUGCCAUUUGCGAUUGGCGCGAUUUUGAUUCAGGUGAUUUGCUGGAAGGACACACUGAGCUGCCGAAAAGCAGUGGCGCUUGGUGAGAAGCUCGUUAACGUAUUGCACGGUGACGGGAAGUAUCAUGCUCUCCUCGGUCGUGGCAUUUUUUCUGCAGCCCUCCAAGGCAUUUUGACGGAACAUGUUGGUCACGUGAAGGAAGACGGUCUCAAAUGGGAAAUCAUCAAUCUUGUGCGCAACAUCUACUGCAGGCUCGCAUUGGGCUUGACUCCUGUGGAUGAGUGUAAGGGAAUCGACCCAUGCAACCAGCCACUUCGCCCCGCGUCAUCGCUUUGUGUAGCCCCACGCGAGAUUUUGCUAUCUCUUCCCGACGUCGUACCUGCUCAGGUAGAUGCACUGGACACGCUGUUGCGUGAGAAGCAUAGUAUGAAGACACAGAAGAACGCGUUCAAGGAGCUCUUGGAGAUGCCCGUUCUAGCUUUCCGGCGUGACCAAGCUCUGGCAUCGGGAUCGACGUCACCAUUGGCAGGGGUUCUAGGCACUUCAAAUGAGUCAAUCAAGCGAAUCUUAGACCUUCCGGAAAUGCUGGUGAUACCCAGUAAAGAUCUCGAAGCGCAUGUCAAGUGGCAGCAAGCACAGAACACGAACGUAGACACGCAUUCUCUUUUCGGAGCCCAGUGGGGCGAGGAGGACAAUACGUUAUAG